ACUUGGAAAUUAUCAAAGGUUGGUCCUAUAUCUUUUGCUGUGGUAUCAAAGGAAAACAAAUAUGGUCCACUGUUUUAAAGGGCUUUCAUUUUCCCAAGUUCAAACAAGACAUUGAAGACAAUAGACAUAAGAGACUUUUGCUAAUACAGUACUGUUUUGUCUGAAUAAAACCCGUGUUUGUUUCUGCACCUUCUUUGGUUCCUCUCCAGACGCCCAAAUAUCUUUUUUUUUUUUUGUAUAUAUACUUUCACCACACCACACCGAUGAAAAGUUUAAUUCUUCAGUGGCUUGUCUUGGUAGAAGCACUUGUGCUGCUAAGUGUGCCUGAUCCAGUACAAGGGCAAUGUCUUGACGAUCAACGAGCUCUGUUGCUGCGACUAAGGAGCGGUCUCAUCUUCAGUUCUGUUUCAUCGACCAAGCUUAACGCUUGGAACCAGACCAGUGAUUGUUGCCGAUGGAUUGGAGUGAAAUGUGAUGAAAAGGGUCGUGUUACUGGUCUUGAUCUGAGCGCUGAGUCGAUCAGUGGCGGCCUUGAUGAUUCUAGUGCUCUUUUCGAUCUUUAUCGUCUCCGGUCCCUGGAUUUGAGCUUCAACGACUUGAAUUAUCCUCUGAUACCAUCACAGAUUGGGAAACUGGCAAACCUGAAGCAUCUCAACUUGUCUUAUUCCGGAUUUGGCGGCCAGAUUCCUGGGAAAGUUUCAAACAUGACACGUCUGGUCGUUCUUGACUUGACCACUUACUCCGCCAGUAACCGUUCGCUAAAACUGGAGAACCCGAAUCUGGCUUCGUUUGUUCAGAACUUUGGGGAGCUUACAGAGCUGUAUCUUGAUGGGGUGAACGUCUCUGCAAAAGGAAAAGAAUGGUGUGAGGCUUUGUCAUCUUCACUACAAAAUCUGAGAGUCUUGAGCAUGUCUAAUUGCUAUCUCUCAGGUCCCAUUGAUACUUCUCUGCUGAAGCUGAAACACCUUGAGAAAAUCCAGUUAGACAACAAUGGUUUCUCAACUACAGUGCCUGAUUUCUUUGGUGAGUUCAAGAACUUGUCUUUCCUGAGUCUAAGGUACUGUGGGUUUUCUGGAAGAUUACCCGGGAAGGUGUUUCAGCUAUCAAAAUUGCAGACGCUUGAUCUGUCAAACAAUCCGAUGCUUGAAGGUACCGUGAUGGAAUUUCCCGUGGAUGGAUCUCUGCAAAUUCUGGCUCUUAGUAACACGAAUUUCUUCGGGACGCUGCCUGAAUCCAUAGAGAACUUGGAAUGGUUGUCCAGACUAGAUCUUGCAGCCUGCAACUUCACUGGACAAAUACCUCGGUCUACAUCUAUGCUCAAGCGUCUGGUUUACGUGGAUUUGUCAUCCAAUAAGUUCACUGGCACAAUACCGUCAUUCACCAUGCCAGAGAACUUGACAGGGAUAAUUCUGUCCAACAACAGCCUAAUGGGAGAGCUUCCGGUUCACUGGGAAAGCCUCAAUAAUCUGCAGAAUCUUGAUCUAAGUGGCAACAUGUUGAGUGGCAGGAUCCCGCCAUCUCUGUUUCUUCUCCCGUCAUUGCGUACCAUCCAGCUUUCUAAUAACAUGCUCUCAGGCUGGUUAGAGAUCCCAACGAAUGUGAGUUCUCGUAACCUGACCACUCUAGAUUUGAGUAGCAACAUUCUCCAGGGACCCAUUAAGUCUGUCUUCGAACUCCGAGAGCUUAAUUUCCUCUCCCUUGCUUAUAAUAACUUCAGUGGUUCUGUGGAACUGGGAUGGUUUCAAAAGCUUGAAAAUCUGAGCAGCCUUGAUCUGUCCUACAACAGUUUGUCGGUUUACGGGACUGUUAACUCGUCUAUUACCCAACUCACAAGAUUAAGAUUAGCUUUGUGCGGGUUAGAUGGUUUUCCAGAUUUGAAGAAACAAUCAAGACUUGUUUUUCUGGACCUAUCAGUCAAUCAGAUAAAAGGAGAAGUGCCGAAUUGGUUAUGGAAGGUGGGCAGUGGCUCUCUCAUGCAUCUGAAUAUUUCACAUAAUCAGCUUACGGCUUUUGAAGAAGACUAUCAGAUUCCCGACGCUCUCAGUGUUUUGGACCUCCAUUACAACAUGUUUGGUGGAAACCUUCCUUUGCUACCACCGGCUGCGAUCUAUCUGGAUUACUCAGAUAACAAUUUCACUUCCUCAAUUCCCUCCGAUGUCGAUAGAAACCUUAGCUUUUCUAUUUACCUCUCCCUAUCAAACAACAGUCUCACCGGAUCAAUCCCUGAAACAGUGUGCAGUGCUAAGUAUCUUCAAGUUCUUGAUUUGUCAGACAAUAAGCUGAGCGGAGAAAUACCAGAAUGUCUCAUGGAGAAGAGCUCAACACUAGGAGUUUUAAACCUCAGAAGAAACAAUCUGAAUGGGAGCCUGGGUGAUUCUUUUCCCCGAAAUUGUGCAAUAGAAACUCUAGAUCUAAGCAGCAACCGAAUACGAGGACAAGUUCCAAGGUCCCUUGCCAACUGCUUAAAGCUGGAGGUUCUGAACAUCGGGCACAAUCAGAUAAGUGAUACCUUCCCAUGCCACUUGAAGAACUUAUCCACUCUACGCGUCGUUGUCCUGAAAUCCAACAACUUCUCUGGUCCGAUAGACUGCUCAGGAGAUCAUAGUCCAUGGCCCAUGCUUCAGAUUGUCGAUUUAGCCAUGAACAAGUUUACGGGUGAACUCAAACAAGAUUGCCUCAUGAAAUGGAAGGCAAUGAUGGGUGAUGCAAAUGCCACAACUUCCUACAUCCGCUUCGACUUUCUACAGUUUAGUGGGUUUAGUUACUAUCAGGACUCGGUAACAUAUACCUCAAAAGGCCAAGAGUUGGAGCUCUCGAAGAUCCUGACAAUCUACACGGCUAUCGAUCUCUCCAGCAACGAUUUUCAAGGACCGAUUCCAGAUGCAAUCGGAGAAUUAAAAGAGCUCUGCAUCCUCAACUUGUCACGCAAUGCAUUUACAGGACCAAUCCCGUCUGUGUUAAGUAACUUGCAGCAGCUUGAAUCUCUUGAUCUCUCUUCAAACAACCUGACAGGAGAGAUUCCUAAAGAGCUGACGAACCUGAACUUCCUUUCCUACCUCAACCUCUCUAAUAACCAGUUGGUUGGAGAAAUUCCAAAAGGACCGCAGUUCCAGACGUUCAGUGAAGAAUCAUUUGAAGGGAACAAAGGACUCUGUGGUAUCCCUCUGAAGAAAAGGUGCAGAGCCACAGACAAGUCAGCAUUAUCUCAUCAGCCCAGACACUCCAACUCCGAGGAGGACGAUUCCGAAUGGAUAUUCGUGAGUGCUGCUUUUGGGUUCGGUUUCGGGUUCUGGAUCUUCAUCGGCUCGCUUGUACUCUGGAGAAGAUGGAGAACAUGGUACAACAUUCAUGUUGACCAACUUCUCUUGAUGAUUUUCCCUCAGUUGGAGCAAACAAACAGAGGCCGUCGAACAAGAAAACAAAACAACAGAAACCCAAAAAGACGUUUCAUAAGGUAAGUUGCAUUGGUGGAGAAGCAAUGGCGUUCAAAUAUUGUUCAAUGGUCUGCAUUUGACCACCCUCUUCUUGAACAAACCUCAAAGCGAGUAUCUUUCUGCGUGCAAAUUAAUUUCUUUCAGCCAAGGAUGU